AUGGCUAAAAGCGUGAAGUCUAAAAAGCAACCUGGAAGCCUGCCACAGGUAAUGGCAACCAGGAAGAGUGAUAAUGAGCCAGAUUUCCUUAAAGCUCUCUUGAACACCCUUCAGGAAUGCCCUUUUGAAUUGAGGUCAGUGUUGACUGCCCAUCAGUCAUGCAAUCUUUGGCUGAUAUGUAACUGGAGGCUAAUAUUUAAUUUACCAGGAAGUACUGUAUUGGAAGAAAAUCAUGCUUUCGCUUAUCACAUAACUAAGGCAAAGUCAGAGUUGUAUAUAAAGGCAAAUGCAUUUCACGCUUUCUCAGCCUCACAACAUCGCAGCAUCACAUCACACACAGUAAAAGAGUGACGGCAGGGCUAAUAGGACGUGAUCAUUGCCCUCUAUCCUAGAACACUCUUGAGGAUUAUUUAAGUCUCUACAGUCGUUCGUCUCAACCUCUACAUCCACCUUCAUCAUGAACCUCCUGCUUGUGUGCUAUGUGGCUUUCUCUCUGGCUCAGAUGACCUCAACCACAACAACAAUCAGAAACACAGCAGUUUCUACAACAACCAGGGGAACCACCACAGGUGCAGCUACAGCAACAAAAAACACCACAGUCACCUUGAAGCCCACAGAAACAACAAUGGCAAACACCACAUCUGUCAUAACCACAGUGGUUGAACCUACAACAACAACAACAACAACCAUGCCAAUCACCACAGCUAACCCUAAAUCCACCACCACAAGUGCAACUACAGGAACAACCAUGGCAAGUACUAGAAUUGUAACAACAGCAAGAACCACAACAACUACCACCGUUGAACCCACAAAAACAACUAAAGGAACCACCCCAGGUGAACCUACAACAUCAAAAACCACCUUGAAGCCCACAGGAACAACAAUGGCAAACACCAAACCUGUCACAACCAAAACUACAACCAUCUCAGCUGGCACCUUGGGAACCAGUGCCACCUUGCUAAGCUUCAUGCUACCCAUAAUUCCUCUUCUGUUAAGUUUUGUGUUCAGCUUAGACUGAGAUUUGUUUGCAUACAGGAGAAUAGAGGCAAUUUAGGUCAUGUUCAUUAAAAAGUAAUCCAUCCAUCACUGCAUUUAUGCAUAGUGAAAUCAAUAUGGUAUUAGUCAAUUGCAAUUGUCAAUUUCUUGAAUUUCCCCUGGGGAUCAAUAAAGUAUCUAUCUAUCUAUCUAUCUAUCUGCAAGUUAUUAUCCCCUUUGCAUGUCUACGUUUCAUCUCUGAUUUUUUGAAGGCUUUAUGAAUUAGCAGUUGAAGUAGUUGAUGGAAUUACCAAGGGUUAAUCAUUAUUGCUUUCUACUAUUUAUUUGCUGUUAAAAUUUUGAAUGUGAGGAACAGAUAUGCAUAUACGGAAAUUAUCAAAAGGAAUAGGAAGGACAAACACAGUUUUCCUAUUGUGUGUACGGAUGUUGCUUUUUUAAAUUUUACUUUCUUAAAAUCUUAUUUUCUCAUGGGUGGGGACUACGGGGAAAAUACAUCUAUAUACUAUACAUUUACUGAAAAACAAUGUGUGAAGUAACUUGAUUUCAAGAGAUGAAAUUAAAUGGGGAUGAAAUGGAACACAAUAAAGCAUAUAAAAAUCUG